CUUAUCAACACUCUCAAAGAUGGCGGAGGCCACGAUUAUGGUGAUCAAAGUUGACCUAAAUUGCAGCAAAUGCUACAAGAAAGUCAAGAAAAUACUGUGUAAAAUCCCCCAAAUACAAGAUCAAGUUUACGAUGAGAAGAAAAACACAGUUACGAUAAAAGUGGCGUGUAGCUGCAGCCCUGAAAAAAUAAUGCAAAAGAUCCGCUGCAAGGGCGGUAAGUCAAUCAUAAGUAUAGAAAUCAAACCGCCUAAGAAGAAAGAAGAGAAACCGCAUGGCAAACCAUCUGGAGAGAAAGAAGACGGAGAUGAAUCAAAACCAUCUGGAGGGGAAAAAGAUGGAAAUAAACCAAACGUACCUGAUGAGCAACCAGGUCCCAAUCCUAAAGACAAGCCACCUACUAAAGUUGUUAUUAAAGUACCACCCCCCAGUCCGCCACCCAAGAUACCGGUACUGGGCUGUCCGCCGGGCUACGCCUACCUGGUCCCGUUUGGGGAGUGUUGCAGGGAGUGCUCCGAGGGGCGGAGAGGGGGGCCAUGUGAACAGCUUGCUUAUGGGAGACCUCCAUGUUAUGGUGGUUAUUAUGGAAGGCCAGUUUGUGAUAGUUGGGGUGGUGGCUGUGAUUGUGGUUGCAACAGGGGUUAUUAUUGCAGGAAUCGUGGUGGUUAUUACUAUUAUUGUGAAGAAAACCCUUCAUCUUGCUCGAUUAUGUAAUCACAUUAUGCUUCAUCGAUGCACAUGAUCAUCGAUCAAUCUUCUAGUUUGAUUAUUUUUCUUGAUGGUUUGUUAAUUAUGUAGAAUA